AUGCAAACAGAUGCAGCAGACGUUCCCGCAGUGCCAGCAGCAACGGCUGCGCCAACUUGGGAAGGCCCAAUUACUUGUUGGACCAGCGCGGACGACGAGGCGCAGGCUGAGGCUCUCCGGCGAAUUGACCUGCUUGCUAAGCAGGCUCUUAAAGCUUCCAAGGCUCAGACAGAGAUGGAUAGUACCACCCUGGAACGCCUCAACAAUGAGCGAACGCUGCGGCAGGAGGCCGAAAAGCAGCUCGCACAGGAGCGGAUGAAGCGCGAAGCCACACAGCAGCAGGUUCUAUGCCUUGAGUACGAGCUUGAUGGCAAGGAAGCUGCGUUGCAGGUGGCAGAACGUCAGCUGGAGCAGCGGGACGCCGAGCUCCAGGAGGUGCAACAACAGAUGGAUGGCAACUCCAGCAAUGUUCUUGGCUCGGAGGAUGCCAUGCGCGGUCUCAGGACCGAGCUCGAGGACAAAGACCGCCAGCUGGAGCUCAAGGAAAACCAAAUCGAACACUUGCUCAGGGUGCUCAAUCAGCAUGGGUCCACAGCCUACGCUGCAGAAGAUCGCUUGAGCUCGACUUAUUCGGCCUUCCCGACCAUGGGAUUCAGAUGA